CAGCCUAGGUGGGGCCAGCCCCCGCUCCAGCACCCCCAGCGGGCCUCAUGUGGAUGCUGGCACUAGGUGGGAUCUUCCUGGCAGCCGCCCAGGCCUGUGUCUUCUGCCGCUUCCCAGACCAUGACUUGUCGGGCCGCCUGGCUCAGCUUUGCAGCCAGAUGGAGGCCCAGUGGAAGGACUGUGAGGUCUCCUGGAACUUCUCGGCCUUUGCCUUAGAUGAUGCAUCCUUGAAAAAAGUCACAGAGAAGACUCACAGAGUCCUGAGGGUCAUGGAGAUCAAAGGGUCUCUCUCCUCACUCCUUUCAUAUUGGAAAUGGCUUCAAAAGACCAAGCUCCCAGAAUACAACAGGGAAGCUCUCUGCGCUCCCGCCUGCCGGGGCAGCACCAUCCUGUACAACUGCUCCACCUGCCAGGGCUUCGAGGUGUACUGCUGGCCCCGAAAGCGCUGCUUCCCAGGAAGUCACGAUCUUUGGGAAGCCAGGAUUCUGCUGCUCUUUGUCUCCGGAGCUGUCCUGCUCCUGGGUAUUCUGAGCCUCGCGGUGGAGUGA